AUGGACGACACCCGAAGCGGCCAGACGUCGUAUUACAAGCGGGCCCGUCUCGACGACGGUCUCGGAACUCAUCUUCAAACAUCUGCUGAAGCCCAAGACGAGUUGCUUCGUAUGAUCGAGGAGGGUAUCGGGCCGAUGCCUUCGCUACUGUUUGAACUGCCGGAUGCCGGCCUACCUCCCUUGCACCCACAAAUCCCGGAUGCACCCGCGCCGCCCGUCCUAGGCAACGACACGGCGACAGACGUGGAGGCAGCGCCUCACCCGCCGCCACUGUCCGAUGCGUACCUUCGUGGUACCUUCACCGAUGCAUACAGCCCCUACUACUCCAUCGCGCCAGAUGGCCCGAGUGGCUUGCCGUCCCUUCCGUUAGAACUCGACACCUCUGCCAUAGGCGCGUUCUCUCCUGCGGCCGCUCCCCUUCCACUUGGCAUGUCAGAGCAUCAGCCGAGUUUGUACCGCGAGCAUCCGGGGCUUGCAGAUAACGCGCCGUACGCUCUGGAUCCUCUCGCCUGGAUGCCGCCCUCUGUUUGUCUUGACAGCAGUGCCACCGGUUUCGAGUUUGACGAUAUCAUCGACUACUCUGGAACCGCAGGGUCGCACGCAAGCCGAGAGAUGCCACAAGACGCGGCUGCCGAGACCGCAGAAGAUGCCAUGGCGGAGGCGCCUCAAACGCUACCAGUCGACGUCUUACCAGGCGGAUACGUCGGCUGUCUGGACGGGUCUGAUCAAGACAGCUAUCUCGGCUUCGCGGCAGAGCCACUAGACGUCGCGCGAGACGUCGCUCAUGACAUACGCGACCGAUUGCCAGCGGACACACACGGCGCUGCCCCUGUAGAUGCAAGCAGGGCCGAUCCUCCCGCUGGUCUGAACGAGGGCACCGUGCCAUCGCCGCCGACGAUGCCAACUGCGGCGGUGACAGCCCCGGCGACAGUUGCAAAUACGAUGACCACCACGAUUACCGUUACGAUCGCAACUGUGCCCGCCGCCACUGACAUUGUAGGACGUGGUUCCACGACCACGGUGACCACAAUCAUCACUACCUCGGACGUUCAAGUUGCUAACAUCGCGCAAGAUAUGAGGAUCGCAACUUAG